CUAGUUUUGCGGGUAAAUCGCUACACACACCAAACGUUGCGUUCGGUGUAUAGGGUCGGGUACAUGGCUAUGGGUGCUAUAGGAUGCGAUAGUAGGGCAAACCCAGCAGUUUGGAGCAAGCUUCCUUUGGCAACCACUGUGCUGGGGCUACAAGUAUUCGUUUAGCAGUCACAUGGGUGCGUAGAAGUUGGGCAAUGAGCUAAAGUAGUGAAUUGGUCACCUCUUCUCACAUGGCCGCACACGCACGAGCAAAUGGACACACAGCGGUGGUUUGCUGAAGACAUCGCCCGGGGAACCCUCGACAGAGUUUUGGCUCAUCAAGAGAACUUCUCCCUGGUGAAUCUAGCACAGGCUCAACAUGGCCGCCGAGACCCCCGCCACUGAGACUUUGAAGAUCAGUGAUGGAACCACCAUGCAGAUCGCCCGAUUGCCCGAUAUCGAUGAGGGCACUUGGGCAGAGGUGAAAGCGUAUGUGGAAAGCAACCCCGAGACUGCGAAGGCCUUGCAGGGCUUCGCCAAGAACCCCGAGGCCAUGCGAGGUUGGCUUCAGACGCAGGCGAUCGCUGAGCACUACAACACCAAGCUCAGCAGUGGUGAUGCGCCUGUGGCCGAUCGCGUGAAAUCCUUGGAGUCCGAUCCAGAACUGGCCAGUGUGUUUGAAGACAUCAAGAAGAACGGCAUGGAGGCCGCAAUGAAGUACUACCAGGAUGAGGAGCUGAUGCUGAAGAUCAGCCAAAAGAUGGGUGGCCUUCCCCCAGAGCUGCAGCCGGUCUUGAAGAAGAUUGAUGAGACUGCAUUGACUCUGCACGAGGCUUCCAAGAAUGGAGACCUCAAGGCCGUCCAGGAUUUCCUUGCGAAGAAGAAGCCGUUGGACUCGCAGGAUCACAAGGGGAUCACGCCACUGGGAUAUGCCAUUGGCGCCAACCGAAUAGCUGUGGUGAAGCUGCUUCUGGACAGCCGCGCCAAUCCUUAUGCCGUGGACAGCUCUGGCAAUAGUGGCUUGCACUAUGCCGCCGGCUAUGGCCGCAAGGAGCUUUUGGAAUAUCUCUUGAAGGUUGGAGCCAAUGUCUCUCAGGCCAACUCGCAGGGCCAGACCCCCAUGGCAGUCGCAACGCAGAAUCAACAAGAGGCCUGCAUCCAGAUCUUGAAGGCUCACGGAGCACAAGCCUAGGUCUAUGAGCUGCGGAGAUCUCGCUGCGUGGGUUCUGAAUCCGCGGUGGAUGCAGCGGGACGGCGGAACAUGACUCUGAGUCUCACCUUUCAAGCAGUGAGUGUGUCGAAACAAGACCAGGCAGGGACCCUUGGCCACC